GCAGCUACGGGCGUCAAAAGAAAGACAUGGCGAAGGAACUGCUGGAGGUACUGGGCUUUCCGCACCCCCUCGCCCACGAGCACGUCACCAGGACCCUUGCAGAAUUGAGAGAGGAGCUGGCGGCCACCAGCUACUUCCGAGAUUACUCUGAGAUCGUGAAGCUGUUCUCUGCACGCGCGCUCCCAAGCGAGGACGUCCUGGCGGAGCAAAAGUCGGCCACGAUUGCCUUGAACCACGUUUUCUCGGAGCUUGGGUUGCAGCUCGAGGCCGUGCAGACUGGCCGAUCGCCGCGGACCGCGGAGGGGCGGAGGGGACCCCGUGUUUAUGGGGGGUGGAAGCUGCAGCGGAAGCCAAAGACACGGACUCGGCCAGUCGAUGGGCCGGUGGGGGUAGAUCUCAUGGCCCAGCUGUUGAAGUUGCGAUUCAAGGAUUCACGUGCUCUGAAGUCGCGAAUCAUUCCCGCAGCAUUGAGAGAGUACGUUGACGGGGUUCCCUUUAGGUGGUUGGCGAUGGUGACCCAGAAUGAAGAGUGUCAGAUUGUAGUUCGGGCUUCUUGA